GGUAGUCGUGCCUAACAGUUUUCUGUGAAACGCAUAAUUGAAUUGAUAUUUUUGAGUUAUUGGAAUACAUGUACAUAAACUAAAUAUUUUUAGUUAUUUUCCAAUAUAAAAAUGACCACUUUACGACCAUUCACUUGCGACGACAUGUAUAAGUUCAACAACGUGAAUUUAGAUCCUCUCACCGAAACUUAUGGACUGUCGUUUUACAUGCAGUAUUUAGCGCACUGGCCGGAAUAUUUCCAAGUAGCAGAAUCGCCGAGUGGCGAGAUCAUGGGAUACAUAAUGGGCAAAGCAGAAGGGGUUGGCGAAAAUUGGCAUGGUCAUGUAACUGCUCUAACGGUUUCGCCCGAUUUCAGGCGCAUGGGUCUUGCCGGCACUCUUAUGUAUUACUUGGAGGAUAUCUCUGAGAGGAAGAGGGCCUAUUUUGUGGACUUAUUUGUUAGGGUAAGCAACAAAGUUGCUAUUAAAAUGUAUAAAAACCUGGGUUACAUUGUGUAUCGCACCGUGUUGGAAUACUACUCCGGAGAUCCAGACGAAGAUGCUUAUGACAUGAGAAAAGCACUGACCCGAGAUAUGUGCCGGCAGUCAAUUAUACCGCUGACUCAUCCCGUGAGGCCAGAAGAAGUUGAUUGACAUUCAUACUAACCCAUUUAUUUUUUCUGAUCAUGAAACUGAUAAAUCUGUGGAAUUUAUUUAAUAGAUGAAAUUGUAAAUAAAAUGAAUGUGGAAUGUUA